GUUUUCUCUACUUCAAAAAUUAAUUAUUUUUUAAGGAAUUAAUAAUAAUAAAAAAAGAUGAUGCAGCUCAAAAAAAAAUUCAUAUUGUUCAUUUUUUCUUCUCUCAUCUCAAUCAUUGCAGACUGCCAAGACCUCUCUCCUUCUUCUUCACCUUCUCCUUCUCCUUUGCCAAUUUCUACUAUAGCUGAUCCUCCUACGCAGUUUUAUUCAACAACGGACUCACCUGCGGAAUCUCCGUUAUCAGAUUCACCUGCGGAAUCUCCAUUUUCAAAUUCACCUGCUGAAUCUCCAUCGUCAUUAUAUCCACCUGACACUGACUCACCUGCAUCAUCAUCGUCGUUAUUUCCACCUGACUCUGACUCACCUGCAUCAUCAUCGUCGUUAUUUCCACCUGACUCUGACUCACCUGCACCAUCAUCGUCAUUAUUUGCACCCGAUGCUGACUCAUCUGCACCAUCAUCGUCAUUAUUUGCACCCGACUCUGACUCACCCGACGUUGACUCACCUGCAUCAUCAUCGUCAUCCCCCGCCUCUGAUUCUACCGCCCAACCACCGAGUGUAUUGCCAAUACUAUUCAACCAAAUGCCAGCUCCGGCGCACAAUCCCGUACUGCUGAAAGUUUGCGGAACAACCGAUCAUCCAUUAGAAUGUCUCACCUCAAUCUCUAUGUUCCAGACUGGAGAAUCCGAUCCUAUAUCCGUCUUGAAAAUGGAAAUGCAAGCUCUGCAUAAAGGAUUCGAAAAAGCAUUAGCACACGCAAGAAAAAUGUGCGCGAAUCCCGCUACACCGAAAUCUACUAAAGCCUGUUUGGAUACAUGCGCAGAAAUGUAUGAUUCAGGACUAACUGAUAUUGAAGAUGCAAUUACUGCACUUUCAAAUCAUGAUAUUGAUAAGCUUAAAACUGUACUCAGUGCCACUGUAUCAGAUAUUGAUACAUGUGAUGAAGCAUUUCUUGAAGAAUCUGAUAUGAACUCUCCAAUGAAGGAGUUUGAUAAUGAACUCAGUAUGAUUGCUAGCAACAAUUUGGCUAUUACUGAAGCUUUGCUUAAAUAGAUAUUUAACAACGGCUAAUUUAAUAAUUACAAAUUAUUAUACUUGUUUAUAGUAUAGUAAUGCUAUAUAAACCAUCUAUUUUAACCCAUUUUCUUGUACGACGUGACAAUUAGAGAGUGGAUGGUUUUUGGGAUAUACAUUUUUGAAAGAAAAUUGAAUAUAUUAUCACGUAAGGAGAGUUACAGAAGAUGGAUUAAAAAAGUGGGUUAUAAAGCAUUUUUCUUUAUAGUGUGUAGUAUGUACUUGUUCUUGUAGCUUUUGACGAAUCGGAGCUCAAAAUUACGUGCAAUGCCCUUUUCUUUUUAAACAUAAGAAUUGUCAUGAUC